GAUUAGAAGAAGCAUCUCAAAUCAACAUUUCAUUUCAAUCGCAGAACAAUUUAAUCCCUUUUUGUCUAUAUUUUGUCGCUCAUGUUUUAAAUUAUUUCCUUUUAAACAGAAAAGUUAUAUGAUUAAUUAAACACUUUCAACUUUAUCAUGGACGAAAAAUUGAAAAAUCGUGACGCAAACAAUAACUUGAUUCAAAACUUAAAGGAUGAUGAGGAGCAAGUUUCUAAAUGUGCCCACUCCAAAUUUUGCUUUUCGCGUGACAUGUCUGAGAAAGAAGAACAUCUCCUUCGACCUCUGAAUCUUGAGAAAAAUCACUAUCUUACCAGCCUUGACGGAAAGCAACUCAAAAAGUUUGUCACGUUUGAUCGUUCAGCCCCAAUGAUGAUAUCUUCUAAUGAAAUCGCUAACGACGAUUCAGAUAGCGACACUGCCCAUCAGAGACACAGCAAGGCUUUUGGGGUAUAUUUCGACACAUCCGACUCGGAAUCUAUUUCGCCCUCUGAGAGUGAAGUAUUCAACACGAAACUUACUGACACUGUGUCUAAUCAAUCAGAAAUCAUUUCAACAGCAGAAGAAAAACUUGGAAAAGUUUUAAAUCAGCUCCAAGGACUUUGGUUAAAUUUGCACGAAAAUGACAAUAGUGGGCUAUCAAGCGAGAAUGUGAAUCUGGAGAGAAAAAAUCUGCUUCAGACUGUGAGCCUAAUUUCUUUGAUUACUAACCAACUCUCGAUCCAGUACCGAAACUGUGUUAUUUCAACGCAUGACGAUCGGCUCGAGAAUCUGCAGAGUGCGAAUGAUAUUCUGGAAGAAGAACUGAAAAAUUCUAAAAACAAAGUCCGUUGUUUAGAAGCUGAGAUGAAAUACUUUUCCAAAGAAAAUGCAUUACUAAACAAGGAAGUGAAAGAAAUGGCUUAUAAAAUGGCAUCGAGUGGGCUGAGAGGAGAAAAAAACGCUGAGAAAACUUCAAUUGAUCGAACUUCGCCUGAAGCUGAAAUAUUCUACAAAAAUCCUAACCAACAAUUUGAUUCUUUCGAUUCCAAGUCGUCUGCGGUUGCGGAUGCCAAAAAUUCAUUCCCAAGCGGUAUCAUAGCAAACAAUAAUGCGAGCAAUACGACUGGAAGCCACAACGAAAUGCUAGUUUUAAGACGGGAGAAUGAAAUGAAUUCGCUGAUUAGAGAUUUUCAUGAAAAAUUUCACACCAAUAACCACAGCUUGCACGCACAAUUCCAAAUAUAUGAUGAGCAUUUAGAAAAUUGGAAGAAAAUGUUGAAUGCGACCAAUGAUGAGAAACAACAAAUGCUUCAAGAUCUGGUGAAGGUUGUCAAUGAACACAAAGCGGUUCUGAAGGAACGUGAUCAUUAUGAAUUUGUGCUCAAGCUGUUGAUUCAGGAGAAGGGAAAUGAGGAUUUGAAUAUGCAAGGUCUCCUACAACAUAUAAUGGCAAAGUUGCAAGAACCUUCGGAUGACGGUGGGACAUGGAUUCACACAUCGUUGUUGGAAGGAGCUGUUCAAGCACUUCAGCAACAAAAUUCCACCCAACGGGAAGAAAUCUAUCGGUUUAAGCAUUUGUUGUCCGAGUCAGAGAUGCGAAAUCAAGUUCAAGAAAAUGAGUUGGAUAACUGUAACAAGAAAAUUGCCCAGUUUUUGGAUGAACUUAAUUCAAAUGAAGCUAAGCUAAAAAUUAUGCGAGAAGAAACGCAAGAAAAAUGUGAUAAAGUUCAAGAACUUUGUAAUGAAUCUGUCUCCGCGAAGACGCUUGUGGAGAAAAAGUUGUCAGAAAAGGAGGACGAAUUGAAAGAGCUUCAGGAGCUUUUAAAAGGAAUGCGAAAAGCGAAUAAGCGACACUGCAAAAAGUUUAAAGACCUAAAAAACACAAAUAUUCUGCUUAUCAAAGACAUCAAAGAGUCCAAGGGAAAUAUGGACCAUCUCGCGGAUAUAAUUUCUCAGUUGCGUACUGGUCUUAAAGAUCAAAAAUCUCAAUGGAAUGAACGUCUUCGUAUUAGCAGCGAGGAAGCUUCUCAAAGUAAACAACAUUGUGAAUGGCUUAAGUGUCAACUAGAGCAAGUCAACCAACAACUUAAGGAUGCUCAUGACAGACUGAAAUUACACGAAAUGGACAAAGUUCAGUUGGCUCAACAGUUACUUUUAGCUGAAGAAGAAAGGCGAGUUGUAGAUCGAAAGCUGCAAGAGUUACGAACCGCCCUUCAAGGGGACUCGGGACUGAGGGAGGCAUUGAUUGAAAGAAAUGAAGCUCUGCAAAUGGAGAUAAAUCGACUGAGAUUUGCUAAAACUGAGACGUCGCCGCCUCCGAUGGAAAUGUUGCUAAAAACUGGAGAGCUCUUAAUGUCAACGGCACUUUUGCCACCAACGGAAAUGCAUCGCACAAAUCAUUCUGAUAAAUUUACGAUCAAGAAAAACUGCUACACGACAAAUAACCGUCGACUUAAUGACAUUCCUCGGACGGCUGUUUCUCUUCAUAAUGGUGGUGUCAAGCAAUGAAUCAAAAUUUGUAUUUCAUUAUUCAUGCUAUAUGUAUGUUGACCUAAACUGAUUUAAAUGAAUCGUUUUUUAGAAAAUUUGAGUAAUAAAAUGUUCGGCAAUGA